CGCGGGAGCAGGGAGCGACGCCGCUUGCUCCGGCCCGUCCCCCCGCGAGGGCUGCCCUGCGCCUCCCCACCCCGCUCUUCCAGGGCGCGGGCCGAGGGGGGCGGGCCGGGCCGGGCGCGGCCCGCAUAAAAGGCGCCUGCGGGGCACGUGCGGCGGAGAGCCGCGGGACGAUGCUGGGCGCGCGGGCGGCGGCGCCGGGGGCCGGCGGGGCGGAGAAGGUGAAGCGGCCCAUGAACGCCUUCAUGGUGUGGUCGCGGGCGCAGCGGCGGAGGAUGGCCCAGGAGCACCCCAAGAUGCACAACUCGGAGAUCUCCAAGCGCCUCGGCGCCGCCUGGAAGCGCCUCCCCGACGCCGAGAAGCGGCCCUUCGUCGACGAGGCCAAGCGGCUCCGCGCCAGCCACAUGCGCGACCACCCCGACUACAAGUACCGGCCGCGGCGCAAGGGCCGCCCGCCCGCCGCGGGAGGGCCGCGCUGGGCCCCGGGCGCGGCAGCCUGCCCCGCCGCCCGCGACGAGCUGCCCGGGGCCUGCGGGGCCGCCGGCGUCGCGCCCUACAGCAGUCUGGCCUGCAGCCCACCGUCUACUGGGGUGACCGCAAUGGUGAAUCAAGAUGGGGCUCAGCUCCAUCCCCUCGGCGACUUCCAGGACACGCUGGCUGCUUACGGGCUGCAGAGCAGCGAGGUGGCCGAUGGGGCAGCUGCCCCACAAAGCUACUGCCCUCCUCCGCGUCACUACCAGCCGCUGGGCUUCAGCACCACGGUGCCCCUCAGACAUCUCUGACGCCAGAGAGAGAGGGGGACGGUGGCAGGGGACGGUGGCUCGAGGGCUCUUGGAGAGGAGUACCGCGAAAAAUGGUUUGGAUGAAGAAAACGAAGGGGGGAAAGGCAGUACCUGGUGAAAGGGAGAGACUCCAGGCCCCGGAGCAGGAAGAGGGGAGUAGCCCCUGCCUGCAGCCCAGGGGGAAGGCGGCGUUUCUCUCGGAUUCUUGGGUAGAGGGGCCCUUGGAAAAGGGAAGCGUAUCUUGUAACUUAAAAAAAAACAACUUUAAAAAAUGAAAAUAAAACUUGUUUG